CGAGCCAGAGAGAUCUCAGACAUGGACAGCAGCAGAAAGAGGUUGACGUUCAAGUGGCUACGAACUACGGAUCUGAGGACCUUGGAGCACUAAGUCUGGACACACCCAAGAGAAAAGCAGAAGUGCUUGGUGAAAGUGUGUCCUCUCUGAGCCAAGUUAAGCUGCGGAAGCUUUCCAGGCAAAUCUCUGAAACAUUCAGAACUUCAAAGAAAGAAGCUAUGGACAGCUCAUCCGAGCAGCUGAAAUCCACAGAGAGUCAGAAAGCAUCACCACCUCCAUCUCAUUCUUUCAUCUUGAAAAAGAAAGAGAGGACUCCUGAGGAGGGGUCAAAGGCUAUUUACAGGAUGGCAGUGAUUGCGGCCAUUGGCAGCACAAAGGCAAGGCUAAGCCCUUCUGACAUCUCCAGGACUGACAGUAACAACCUGGCUUCACCACUUCUGUCUUCGCCUUUGAAGACUAAAGAGCCCAGUGUAGCAUCAUUCGACAGAUUGGUAAUGAGUAAAAACAGCUCCUCAAUAAAACCGGAGAAUAAAUCAGAAGCCAACAGUACAGCUCAGGAAGAUCAGGGGUCCUUCCCUUGUGUGUUUGAGGACACAGAAGCACAAAGUGACAGCUUGGAACAAAAAGCCGAUGCAAGAAGUAUUGUGCUUAAAGGAGAGGAUUCACCCCAGAGGUCCCAUAUUCAGUACUCAGUCUGUGUAGAGACACCCUCUCAGGACACGUUAUUUGCUACAGAAAAUGAACCGGAAGCUGAAGACUGUGAUGUGUCUCUCUGUGCUUUGAGGUAUAGCCCAGAGUCUUUGCCUUGUGUCAUGACUCAUCUGAAAGGCGCUUCUGAUAGCCAGCAACACCAGAGUCCUUCAGUGAAUACCCAGGGAACUACAACUUCCUCUCCUAUCCUUGUAUAUACUAAUGAAACCAGUGAUGGCAUCUUUACAGCUACUCAGGACGUGGAGAUGCCAUUCUCAACUUCACAGAGGACUGUCCAUGUCUCGUUCAGGCCGGCCCAGCUGCCAAACGCAAGUCCUUCAUCCAGAACUGAGACUAAGAAUUUUUUCUCCUCCAAGACUAUGACCUGUUUAUCGGAUCCCUUUGCUCUGCCAUUAUACUCGCGUAGAGUAGUAUCAAACUCCACAACCACACGCAGGUGGUCAGAUGUUAGCUCUUCAAUGCAUCACCCCCUCUACUCUCUUACUCAUAGUAGCACUCCUAAGAGACGAUUUUCCCUUGGGCAAGAACAAAUGUGGACCAGUUACCCCUCCCUGAACGAUCAGGUUGGUUUCAUAGACACACACUGCCAUAUAGACAUGCUCUAUGGAAAACUCGGUUUCCGCGGGACAUUCAACAGCUUUCGAAGGCUGUACAAGAACAGCUUUCCUUCCGAGUUUCAAGGCUGUAUUACUGACUUCUGCAACCCAGGAAUCAUGGUGAAAGAGGCACUUUGGGAAGGUUUACUGGCAGAAGAUAUGGUAUGGGGGGCAUUUGGGUGCCACCCCCACUUUGCCAAGGAGUACUCAAGUGUCCAUGAACAAAACAUACUGAUGGCCAUGCGACAUCCAAAAGCUGUGGCUUUUGGUGAGAUGGGGCUGGACUACUCCCACAAAAACUCCACGAACAUCUCCAGGCAAAAAGAGGUGUUUGAGCGUCAGCUGCGUUUGGCUGUGGCCAUGCAGAAGCCUUUGUUGAUCCACUGUAGGGACGCAGAUGAUGACCUGCUGGAAAUCAUGAAGAAGUGUGUCCCUAGGGAAUACAAAAUCCACAGGCACUGUUUCACAAACAGUUACCCAGUGAUUGAGCCCUUCCUGACAGAGUUCCCUAACUUGUAUGUGGGCUUCACAGCCCUCAUCACCUACUUCAGUGCCACAGAGGCCCGAGAUGCUGUCUGCCAGAUACCUCUUGACCGCAUUGUGUUGGAGACGGAUGCACCAUAUUUCCUGCCAAGACAGGUCCAUAAAGAUGUCUGCCGAUUCUCACAUCCUGGAAUGGGCAUCCACACUCUGCAGGAGCUGAGCCUGCUGAAGGGAGAAAAUAUGACCACAGUUUGCGCAGCCCUUCGAAACAACACCACCCAGCUGUAUGGCAUAUGAUCUUCACAGGUGGUGGAUAAAACUAGCAAGAAUGAAAAGACAGAAUCGUUAUAGUUUGUGAUGAUAUUUUAGUUGCUUAUCACAGAAAUUAAGUAGUUUUAGUCACAGUUUUUCUUGUUUUUGCUGUGUUGCCUUGACUUGUUCUAAUUUGUCUGAAUCUUUGUCUUGUCUGCUGUGUACUCUAGUUUGGUUUGAUACACUACAGACCAAUUAAAGUCUUUAAUCCUGCUUCUUUAUUCUUAAGUUAUGGUUUGUUGAAUUACUCUUUAAUGCACUGAAGAAAAUGAAGCUGCUCACUAAUGCAGGAAAGUAACACAUGAGGUGCUUGCCCUUGAGCAGAGUUUUUAUUGACGAGAGUGGCUGUGGCUGUGACACUAACCCAUUAGCUCGCUUUGAUUUGGUGUGAGUACUUUUUAUUUCAUGAAUGAUUAGCCCAGCCUCCUUGUGGUAUUUUAUAAUACACGGUUGCUAUAGUCCAAAUGUUGUAUUAAUGGCAGAUGGAUAGAUGUCUCCGGUUCACUAGGUUUGACAAGAGAGAUGUGUUAAAAUUUACAUUUAUCUUUGUGCCAGGUUCUUAAUGAAAGCUUCGUUUCCAAGCUUUUUAGAUCCUCUUCAGUGUCUAGGCCAGACCACCCUUUUCAUGGCUGUGUAGGUGAAACAGAGGGCCGGCAUGUGCUUUGCUGUGUUUGGCCUAGUUACUAAGAUUUGAACAGGAAGUUUUGCAGACUUGUUCUGUGAAUUGGUAUUUAAAUGUUUGCAUCUUGAAUGAAACAUUUUUUUUUUUUUGCUGAUUAAAGAUGAGACA